UUGCUGCAGCCUGUGCGUUCGCAUUAUUAGGAUUUCACGCCCAGUUUCUCACUGGGGCCAGUGCAUGAUUGUCUGAGCAGAGGGGUGGCGAGGGAGGAGAAGAUAGGAGAACCAAAGGGACUCUAUUAACAGCUUAAAAACAAAUCAUCAUGCCUCAGGCCAGUAGAAUAUAACAUUAGCCUCAUUUCGCCAAGACCCAGAGAGGGGGAAAAAAUGCUCACCGAUAUGAUGGUAGAAGAGGAAUUUGAAAUAAGAGAGGACGAACCGUGGUAUGAUCAUCAGGACCUGGAGCAUGAUUUGCAUCUGGCUGCCGAGCUCGGAAAAACUCUGUUGGACCGAAACAGAGAGUUGGAGGAGGGGCUUCAGCAAAUGUACUCAACCAAUCAGGAGCAGCUGCAGGAAAUCGAGCACCUCACCAAGCAGGUGGAUCUUCUGCGGCAGAUGAAUGAGCAGCAUGCCAAGGUCUAUGAGCAGCUGGAUGUCACGGCAAGAGAGCUGGAGCUGGCCAAUCAGAAGCUGGUUCUGGACAACCGGGCAUCCCAGCAGAAGACCACCGAGCUGCUGGAGACGAUCGAGGGGCUGCAGGCCCAGGUGGAUGAGCUGCAGCGGCAGGUGCAGGAGAUCAAGCGGCCGGGCCGGGGGUGCAGUCUGAAGAAGGACCUGGCUGAGCAGCGGCACUCCAGCACUGCCCAGAGUGUGUCCUGCCUCAAGGAGCUGUAUGACCUGCGCAAGCACUUUGUAUAUGAUCAUGUGUUUGCUGAGAAGAUCACCUCUGAGUCCAGCGAGCUGAGCCAGGCAGAGGAGGAGAAUGCUGCCCUCAAGAGGACGGUGGCGGUUCUGCAGGGCCAGCUGAGCGCGGAGCGGGGGAAGCGGGUGUCCGCGGAGCAGGAGGUGGAGCUAAUCUCCCUGGAGAACGGAGACCUGGAGCAGCGCAUCGCUGAGCUGUCCUCCUGCCAGGCCCGGGUGCAAGAACUGGAGAGUAAUGUGGACGAGCUGCGGCAGAUGUGCAAGUCCGACUCUGCCUUUGUGAGCCGGGUGGAGAAGCUGGUGCCCGAGUCCUUCCUGAUCUCCUUCCGGGAGUCCCUGCUGGAGCGGGAGAUGGGGGAGGAAGGGAAAGAGAACGUGGUCCCGGAAAUCGACAAGCGGCCGCUGAAACGCAGCAGCAGCGAGACAAACCUGAAGUGUGCCAGCGAGGAGGAGAUCCGCAAAGGGCACGAACAGACCUGCAUCCGCCGCUCCGAGUCGGUCAAACAGAGGGGCAUCUCCCUCCUGAACGAGGUGGACGCCCAGUACAGCGCCCUUCAGGUGAAGUACGAGGAACUGCUUCGCAAGUGUCAGGUGAACGACAGAGACGGCCACAGCAAGGCCGUGCAGACUUCCCAGCGCUACUCCCGAAGCAGCAUCGCCUUUGCCCUGCCCUCGCCCAGCGGCUGCCAGGGGGAAUCGCCCAGCGACAGCCUUCCCUGGAGCCAGCCCCUCAGCCCAGACAGCCAGCAGCCUGAAUACAAAGCCCUUUUCAGGGAAAUCUUCACCUGCAUCAAGAAAACGAAAGAGGACAUCAGCGAGCACCAGCGAGAGAAGAAUAAGCCAGUCUCCUCUUCACAAACCCAGUGAGACUAGAUAGACGAGGCAAAAGCCUUAGUUCCCAUUGUGGUUGAGCUUCGAGACAGGGUAGCAGUAUUGUAGUAGGUUUGUCCAUCCGGUAUAAAGAUGGUCAGGCCAGUUGUGGGAUAAAACACAAUGUGUUUUGAUUUUCGUUUUUGUUCUGAAAACACAAUGCAGUUUGUACAGCAUCAUUGAAGGGGUUCAUACAGCUGGAUUUCUUCAAUCCAAAAAGCUGUAUUUGCACCUCCCUCAACCAGCACGGAUAGUCAGAAAGCCAUACACCCUUUUUGUAAAACUACUUGGCAUUCCGUGACUGACUGGUUUUCCUCUUUGCUUAGGUUUUAUUUGUGGCGUAUUGUAUAUUUCACUUUCUUUCUACGUACAGAUGAGACGAAAUUCAGGAUACCCCAACAUCCUGAACUGAUUUAUUGUUUUUCCUACUUGUUUACUUUGCUAGUUUGUUAUUUAAUAACAGAGUUUAAUUCUAGUCAAUAACAUUUUGAGAUUGGCAAAUGACUACUGAUAAGCAUAUUGUUAAAAAAAAAAAAAAAAAAAAAAAUCAUACAUGGUUGUUUUAAUGUAUUAUUAUUAUUUUUUGCAUUUCAUUGCCCGUAGCUGGGAUUAGUCUAAUAAUGGUGCUGCCAUCCAUAGUGUCAUCAUAGAAGUACCAAAUAGAAAGAAACAAAAGAUGAAUAUAAUUGAUAUUUCAUUUUGCAAUUUCAGCAAAGCAUAAUUGCAAUUAUCUUUCAGUGUUUGUUAUUUAGUACUUAUUUAAAGCACUUUAAGAGUAGAGGAUGGCAUAAUUAAAACUCAUGCCAGCACUGCUGUUAAUGCUUUUGUAAAUAACUUUCUGGAAGUUGAUUAGUCCAACUGUCCAGCCAGACUGUCUUAAUCCUUUUGUCUUCUACUCCUUGUAGUGUGUCGUCCUUCUAGAACAGUUCGUUACAUAAUCUAUUUCUACUUAAAACAUUUUUCAAAAACUCAUUGACACUUGCUGCUCCAGAACAUUAUACUACAAGGGUUCAUUUGUUUUAUGUUUUGUUUGCAUGCUCUGAACUUCAUAGCAGAGCUGGGCAUGUUUCAUAAACACAGCAGGCUGCUUGAGUUCCAGUACCGCCAGCCUUGUACACAUGUCACUUUAGCUGAGAUUCAGUAUUGAUAGCUCCUUGUCCUGUAGUGAGAUAAUGUUUGUUAGAUUUAUUUUCAAAUACUGUGCUUGAACUCUUUC